AUGAAGUUCUCUAGUCUCGUUCCUGCCCUAGUGGCUCUCUUCGCCAGUGGUAUUUCGCCCGUUUCGGCAGCGAGGAUCCUCAUGGCGGGCGAUUCUACAAUGGCAGACUCUCGGUCUUCUAUUCAAGGGUUUGUAAAAACUACCUUCCUCAGCGCCUGAGAUAUGCAAGUAACGAGAUGAGACACUCAGAUGGGGAACCCCCUUUGCAAAAUACAUCAGCCUCCCCGUGAUCAAUCUCGCUCGCGGAGGCCGUUCAGCAAGGUCGUACUACCGCGAAGGCCUCCAAGCCGCACUCGUUUCCCAGAUCGAAGAAGGCGACUAUGUCAUCAUUGAAUUCGGCCACAACGACGGCGGGAGCCCAGCGACGAGCGACCGGGCUCCAGUGAGUAGUACUUCACUUAAAACUUCAAGUCCAUAACUGACUUCGGGAAGACCCUCGGAGAUGGCACACAAACAACUGAAGUCAAAGAUGCCAACGGGACGGUAGAGAUUGUGCAGACGUUCGUUACCUAUGAGAAGUGGUUCAUCAGGGACAUCAUCGCGAAAGGCGGUAUCCCCGUCGUUUCCUCAACUACUCCCAACGGCGAUGUCUGGAACAGCGCGCACACCGAAAUGCUAGAGCCGAACCGCUUCGUACCAUAUGCUAAGAUGGCUGCCGGGAGCUUUACACAGGCGACUUAUGUCGACCACUAUGAAGUUCGCCCCCCCCCCCCCCCUCCGCGUCCGAUGGAUACCCGUCGUGAAUAUAUAUCCAAUAAUGUGGGCUCACAUGUAUUGGUGAUAGUUCGUGACAAUCGCUUUCGAAACCCUGGGAUACGAGAAGGUGUACCCGAAGUUGUUCCCUAAUGAUCAUACACAUACUUCCCCGGAGGGUGCGGACGUCGUUGCUCAAGCGUUUGUAAACGGGCUUAAGUGCACUAACCACCCGCUUGCGAAUUGCUUGACGGAUGCGGGGUAUGCGUUGACGAUAAAGUGCAGGUUUGUGACUCUAUUUCCUAGCUAUCCGCGAAAGGGACUCGUGAACCUGACAAUUGUGCAAUUUCCAGUUAAAUAA